CCCAUAUGGCCGUUCUCCUGGCGAUGGGGCUGUGAUGAUUUCGCAUGGAGAUGUCUCUGACGCUCUCCACCUUGCCGUGGUGCAGAUUAGUCAUGGCCAUGGCUUUGACUUUGCAGAAGAAGCAGCUCUUGAUGGUCUUGUAGCUGCGACCUCGCUUUACAUUCAGGACCUGGGUUGGCGUUCCAAGCGCUGUGCUGAACUGGCAGGACGAGCUAAGGUGGACGUCGCCGAUGUCAAAGAAGCAUUGGAACAGUCCGCUGAAGCUGUCGUGGAAACUUUUGAGGCGGAUGAGGAUGAGCUCCCUGGCCCAAAGGACGUGCAGGUCAGGAUUGGCAAGGCCGAAGAAGCUUCAGAUCACCCGUUCGGUCAAGCAACCAAGGUUGAAGCUGAAGAUGGUACACCACAAAUGGUCAGUAUCAGUAAGGAGAUGGAUGCAAGAGCUCGAAUUGGUUCAAAACCACAGCGAGGUGCAAAGGCAGCUGGCUGGGUGGCCUUGGAGAAAACUGAAAGCCCAGAGCCGUGCAGUCGAGAUACGAUUCAACCGACGACGCCCGAGCUGAGCUUUCCUUUGAGCAAAUGCCAACGGCCGCACAACGAGUUGCGAGUUGUGCCGAGGAAAAAGAGAAAGCCCUCCAUAGUAUUUGUGAAAGGUGUGGGACAUGCGGAGUGGUUGCCCGAGGACUCUGAGCAAAAGCAGAAGCAGUCCAAGGAGGAGGACGAGGAACUCUCCGAACUCUUCAGUGGUAGUGACUGAUCCAGAAGAAAAGGAGACAGUCCGAGAUUGUAGAAGGCCCACGGGUUGUGAU